UAACCCACGUUCCCAUGGGCGUAUGCCUGUUGGAUCAGCUUUAAUAUGUUCAGAUUUCAUCAAAGACGUUUUAUAUCGAUCGCACAUUGUCUGACAGCGGUAGCGUGACUGAAGGGACAAUGAAAUACGUUUGGGCUAUAUAUAGACCUGGUUUUCCAACAUGCGUCACGGUGCGUGCAUUUAAUCCCCUUCCUGCCACAGUCAGCACACAAACACCCUUGACGCUGACCAUACAAUCACUGCGUUUACCAACAGUUACACCGACUUGUCGUAGAUGGAUACAGGUUGACAGGAACUGAAAGGGAGAUUUACGAUACGACCGAAACAAUCAGUUACCAUAGAAACAAUGGGAAAUAAAUGGUCAAAGAAACCCAACCGUGGAACCACCCCCUCAAAUACAAAGAAGGCCGUUACUAGUGGUUCUAAGGGUCCUGCUACUUACGAGACAACUGAGGCUGUGGUUUCCGGUGCCAAGGAACCAAGGCUUCCUCCUGAUCGACCUCUUCCAGCUGUGCCACAAAGGUUCAAAUAUUUGGCGCAGUUUAGUUUUACUGGCACAAGCGAGGACGAUCUGUCCUUCAAGAAAGGAGAUUAUUUUUACGUUGAUAAAUCAAGCCAGGACGACGACUGGUGGCUGGCGACUAACUCGGAGACGGGGCAGAAAGGCUACAUCCCUAGCAACUAUGUGUGCAAGGACGACCAGUCGACAGAAUCUAAGGAUUGGUGGGUUGACUUUGAUCGCAACGAAGCAAAUAAUUUGCUGUUUUCCGCUGGCAUCGAACCUGGCACGUUCCUGGUCCGUGAUGCAUCAGACAAAACGUCCUUUGUGUUGUCUGUGCGAGACCAAGGUGCGGAGCCAAGUGUUAGGCACUACCGCAUCCGGAGACUGGCCAAUGGCAGCUGCUUUAUUAACCCAAAGAGAUUAUUCUCUAACAUGGUCGAACUAAUAAACCAUCACAAAAAACACGCAGACGGUGUGUGUGUGGUGCUGAAGAGAGCGUGUCCCAAGUCCGCACCCGCAGUCGCCUUCAGGGAUUUGGAAGUAGCGCGAAGUGCUGUCACCACAUCUGAGCUGCUUGGUAGUGGAACAUUCGGGCAGGUGUGGAAAGGUAAAUUGUGGAAUGGGAUCGACGUUGCAGUGAAGUCGCUCAAGCCCGAAAGCAUGACUCCGGAGGCCUUCCUCAUGGAAGCUAAGAUCAUGCACCAGCUGCGUCACAAGAAGCUGGUCCAGCUGAGGGCCGUGUGCAGCAGCGAGGAGCCCAUCCUCAUCAUCACAGAGCUGAUGGUUAAUGGCUCCCUUGUGGACUACAUCAGGAAGGAUCAGGGGAAGAAGAUUCGAUUCCUCAACAUCAUCAGCAUGGCAUCGCAGAUUGCUGACGGUAUGGCGUAUUUAGAGAGUAAGAAUUUCAUCCAUCGAGAUCUAAGAGCGGCCAACGUACUCGUAGGAGAAUUCUAUGACGUUAAGGUUGCCGACUUCGGCCUGGCAAGAAUCCUUGAAGAUGAGCUCUACAGAGCCCAUGAUUAUUCCAAGUUCCCUGUCAAGUGGACGGCCCCUGAAGCCGUCAAUAUGAGGAUGUUCUCAGUCAAGUCUGAUGUGUGGUCCUUUGGUAUAGUCCUUUACGAACUGAUCACCUUUGGGAAGGUACCAUACCCAGGUUGGAAAGGAUAUGAAGUCCUGGAUAUGAUUGAGAGCAGCAACUACCGGAUGCCCCGGCCAACUGGACGAUAUAACUACCCUGAUUCCUAUUACGACGUCAUGCUCCAGUGCUGGAACAAAUGCCCGGAUGAUCGGCCAACGUUCGCGUAUCUGCAUGAGUUAUUCGCCGAUUAUUUUGUUUCAACAGAGUCAGGAUACAAAGAUACAGAUGCGAUGUGAUGAUCGCCUUAAGUCACAUGUGGGUGUGAUCUAAAACUUGACAUUCGAACCAUGCAUACAUAUUUUUAUACCUCGGUGUGCAAUGAUCUGAAUUGCUAGGUUAACCUUUGUUUUUCUGAGGAAACCGGUAUGCACUGUAGGUAUCGAUGCAUCAGCUGGUACAGGAUACUGGGAGUUCAUUAAAGGGCCAGUCAGCUUCUAGAAUGUGAUACUGACGAAAUUCCUGUGAGUCUUAUGAAGGAAGAACGAACAAAGUAACCAUUAUGGCGUUGCGAGUGAGACGUGGACUGACGUGAUUAGACAGGUUCCAUUCUGAUUUCUGACAAUGCUGUGGAUUACGAGUAGAUAUAUUCCCCUUCUAUGAAGGGGUCACCAGUUUGGAAAUCCAUGUGCCAUAAUGAUCAAGUCACAGUGGACAACGUAAUUGGCCGUGGAUGUCGUGUCGAGGACAUCGCAGCAUAGUUUAGUAUGACAUGGCAACAAUUUCAUUAUCUGUUUACGUCUUGACAGACUGGACUCUUUGCUCCGAGUUCGUAUAGCACAGAGUUGAAGCAAGUAAUC